UCAUUUGUCUAUUUGGCUCUCGUCAUUUUGUCGACGUGUUUGGCUCGGCUUUUACUUUGAAGAGCGAUUUCUCCCGUCAGAACAGAUCAAGUGAUAAAAAUCAUGGCUUUUCCAGCAGUUGUUUCGCUGCGCUGUGCUGUACAGCAGUAUGCCUGGGGACGUAUUGGACUAGACAGCGCUGUAGCCAGCCUAAGCCAGAGUUCCAAUAAAGAUUUCACACUACAAGCAGAUCAACCUUAUGCUGAGCUAUGGAUGGGCACCCAUCCAAAGGGUCCCUCCAUUGUGGGCUCAUCAGAGCAUGCUGGGAUACCUCUAGGUGACUGGAUUGCUAAGCAACCAGAGUGCUUGGGGUCGAAGGUCAGAGCAAAGUUUGGUGACCAGCUUCCUUACCUCUUCAAAGUGCUGUCCGUGAACAAGUCACUCUCCAUUCAAGCCCACCCCAAUAAGGCCCAUGCUGAGCAGCUACAUGCAGAGAGGCCAGAUAAGUACCCUGACCCGAAUCACAAACCAGAGAUGGCCCUUGCUCUAACCCCAUUUGAAGGCAUGAAUGGAUUUAGACCAGUCUCAGAAAUAGUCAACUUCUUAGAGAAUGUUCCUGAGCUCAGAGCGGUAGUUGGUGAUGAGAAUGCUGCUUCCCUGUCUGCUGCCCUCAAGGCUAGCGAUGGGAAUGGAUCAUCGGAGGAGUGUCGUGCUGGGCUGAAACAAUGUUUGUCAGCAAUCAUGAAUAAGGAAAUUGCCGAGAUGACAUCUAGGCUUGAGGCAAUGAUCACAAGACUCAAAGCAGAAGAGGCUGCGGGACAGGACCUAAGCAAGAACAACGGAGCCCUGGCCCUGAGGUUGUAUAGUCAAUUCCCUGGGGAUGUGGGGUGCUUCGUUUCAUAUCUCUUCAAUCAUAUCACCCUGCAACCGGGACAGGCCAUGUUUCUAGGACCCAACGAACCCCACGCUUACCUCUCAGGAAACUGCAUGGAGUGCAUGGCGUGCUCUGACAACGUGGUGCGUUCCGGGCUCACCCCCAAGUUUAAGGACAUCCCGACCUUGUGUGAGAUGUUAACGUACCUGCCAUCGACCCCUGAUGAGAAGAUCUUCCCCAGUAAAGCGGAUGCUAGUGAACCCACCCUCACCAUCUACGACCCUCCCGUUCCGGAUUUUGCCGUAGCCAGAGUUAAGGUCCCUGCCGAUCAGGCCAGUUACACCCUCCGAGCCGAAGACAGUCCUAGUAUUAUCAUCGUCAUCGAGGGGCAAGGAGAGGCUGCUCACCCCUCGUUGGGAAAUGGACAAGCCCUACCAUUCUGCAAGGGGUCAGUAUUAUUCCUCUCAGCCAAUGAGAGCCUGGCUUUCAAAUUAUCUCCAGCCAAUGGGCUGUUGGCUUUCAGGGCCUUCUGUCCCCUUGAUUAAUGGUACUACCAAUGUAAUGUGAUCUCAUGAAUAUUCAUAUAUGAUUAGCUCUAUUUUUUUGAUAGUGUAUCCAAACUAUCCUCCUUUGGGCUGCUAGUUUACGUAUCUUUUCUCAAGAUAUUUAAAAAUCAACUCUGCCCAGCCAAUGGGCUGCUGGCUUUCAUUAAUGGAUCAACCCACAGUACUGUCAUGAAUCAUGAAUAUUAAUGUAUGGCUAGAAUAGACCAGCUUUGGGAUACUACAUGUACAUUCGGCCCCCAAAUAUCUGCAGAUCUUCUAGACGAUGGAGAAAUUAUACUUUGUGUUGUAGAAUAAUCACUGAAAUAGCGAUGGGUUUGCUUCAUGAAUACAUUUUGUUUGCCCUCUUGAAGAGUACUUCCACCGAGUAUCAUACACGUGUAAAAUGUAGUCAUGUACAGCAUCUUCAGUGCAUAAAUGAUAUAUUAUACAAAUAGUGAAUGGCCAUGAGUGCAAUGGUACAAGAUUUUGCACGAGGUGAAAGAUAAGAGACGCUAUAUUCAACGAGGCGCAGC